UCCACUAUGAAAUCCACAUAAAUCCAUCAAUGGAUAAACCCUCUUACCUCCACGCGGCCGAGGGCUAGCCUCACCUGGAGCUUUAUUAUUCGCGCGUGCCCCCCAAACGAUCCCCUAAACCUCGUUCAUGGCUUCCAUUCUCCGGCCAACCGCGACAUCGCUUCACAAAACCCUCUCACUUCCAUGGCUUUCUUUUCCACCACCUAACUCCUGUGCAACCUUCACUCCAACCAGAAGAAGGUCAUCGAAGUGCAAUGCUUUCUUCGGAGAAAUUCCCGGUGAUUUCUUUCAAAACGCUGUCCAUAUAGACGAUUCCAAUCCAUUGUUUCCUCUUCUCAAGUUUGGUGUCUCCCAGUUCGAACAAUUCACUGUCGGGUUGCCGGAAAACGGGCGGUGGGUCAUCCUCACGGCCACCGGACUUGGCUGGAUUUACUUGACGGCGAGGCCGGGAGUACUGAUGGGCGCUAUUGACACUUACAUUCUGGCCCCCUUGCAGCUGGGCUUCGAUAGUUUGAUUGGCAGAAGGAACUUGAAGAUGAGUGAUUUCGUUGUGGGUGAGAGAUUGGGGGAAGGAUCGUUUGGCGUUGUCUAUUCCGGCGCCAUUGUGCCCAAGAAUAUUUCCGUGGAAGAAAGGGUGGGGAAGGCCAAGAAACGAUUGGAGAAUGAUGACAGGUUCAAAGACAGAGUAAUCUUGAAAAAGGUGAAGGUGGGAACUAAAGGAGCAGAAGAAUUUGGUGACUACGAGGAGUGGUUUAACUAUAGGGUUUCGAGAGCAGCCCCUAAAUCAUGUGCUGAGUUCCUUGGAAGUUUUGUUGCUGAUCGAACUCGUCUUGAGUUUACAAAAGGAGGCAAAUGGCUCGUGUGGAAAUUUGAGGGUGACAGAACUCUGGCAAACUACUUGAACGGUCGCAAUUUCCCAUUCAACAUAGAGUCGGUCAUGUUCGGACGAAUCCUUGAAGGACUCAACAACCCAAUCAAAAGAAGCGCAUUGAUUAUUAAACAGAUAAUGCGACAAAUAAUCACUUCUCUUAAAAGGAUCCAUGAUACAGGCAUUGUUCAUCGUGAUAUAAAACCAGCCAAUUUGGUGGUGACAAAAAAGGGUCAGAUCAAACUUAUAGAUUUUGGUGCAGCGACGGAUCUUCGCAUUGGCAAGAACUACAUACCUGAUAGUGGAUUGCUUGACCCUGAUUACUGUCCCCCUGAACUUUUUGUGCUUCCAGAAGAAACUCCAACUCCUCCCGAACCUAUUGCAGCCAUUUUGUCUCCAGUUCUGUGGCAGCUUAAUAGUCCUGAUCUUUUUGAUACGUACUCUGCCGGCAUAAUACUCAUGCAAAUGGCAGUCCCCAGUUUAAGAUCUGCUGCUGCUCUGAAGAACUUUAAUUCAGAACUGAAGGCAGUUGGCCAUAAUUUGAUUAAAUGGAGGGAAGUCACUCGUUCGAGGCCAGAUCUGCGCAUUCUAGAUCUUGAUUCAGGCAGAGGUUGGGACUUAGCGACGAAACUUGUUUCAGAGAGAGGCUUUCUUAGAAGAGGCCGGCUAUCUGCAGCUGCUUCCCUAAGGCAUCCAUAUUUCUUGUUGGGUGGAGAUCAGGCUGCUGCUGUAUUAUCAAAAUUGAGUUUGAACAAGCAAUGAAAUCACCCAACUUUCUGCAAAAUACUUGGUCUAUAAGAGCCUAAUGGUGUGCUCAUUAAAAGAAAAGGAGAUGGAUUGAGCUCGCAAUCAACAAGAAGGUUGUACCCUCAUACACGCCAGUCAGUAUAGGCCUCUAAAUUUGUAUUUAAAGUUCUAUGUGUAUAUAUUAUGUGAAUGAUUUCUCUUUAAAUUGUCACGU